CUGUUGGUCAAACUCCUUUUAAGAAUUAUAAUUUUGAUGAAAGAUUAGUAUCUGAUAUAUGUAAAGAUGUGAGACCUCCAAUUGAUCGAAGGUCAAUGCCUCAAUUUUACGCGGAUCUCAUUAGACGUUGUUGGGAUCCCGAACCAUCAAAUCGUCCAAGUGCUCGUAUAAUAAGAGAAAUAAUUGAUGUUGAUGAAAAGAGUUUAUCUUCAACCAUUAAAAAUCCUAGUUCAAUUUCUUCAA